CCUAUAAUCUUUCCAUUUCUUUCUUCUCUCUCCUUACUCGGUUCUUCCUACUCCCGAUCCAUCCGCAGAGGGCGGUGUCGGCCUCCUCUCCACCCGACAGCUUGGCCGGCGACGAGCACCACCAGGACACCAGGUAUUUUCUCCCCCUUGGUCUUUCCUCCCUGCUGUACGAAGACGUGCGCCCGUGAUUCGUAGAUUUGACUAUUUUAUGAGUUCACAAGCCACCCAGCAUGAAGUUUUUAGAAUACACCCCCUUCGACAGUAUAAAUUUGUUCCUCGAGCAGCUCGACCUUGGUGAUUGUACAAUCAGAGGGAACCUUGAGGCCUUCUCAUGCAAGCACACUGCGACAGACCGCCGGCUUUCAAUAAGCCUAGAACAUGAGAUUCUUGAUUACCUUGGCAAGUCCUCUGAUAGUGACCCGUCUUCACCAGUGGAGCACUUGGCCUCCAGAUCAAGCCGGAAAACAUUGAUAUAUCUAGUUCUCACUCUUGGCCACAUAUAUCCAGAUUAUGAUUUCAGUGCUGUUCGGGCACACUUGUUCUUCCAAGAAGAGGAGUUGGAAAGUUUCAAGCAGAUGGUAGACACCUACUUAUCUGAUGCCUCUAGGCAAUGGGCAGCCACAAAUGAAGGCAGUUCUCUUCUGGACAGUAUGACUAAAGCAAUUGAUGAGGUUAUCAAAAUUAAAGAGUGUGACAUCUACAGCUAUAAUCCAGACUCUGACGCAGAUCCAGUUCUUGAGAAAGGGGCCAUAUGGUCGUUCAACUACUACUUCUACAAUAGGAAGCUAAAGCGAGUUGUGAGCUUUCGAUGUUACUGCACUAGCAAAUUAUCAGGAGAUGACUUCUUAACCGGUGUUGCGUCUGAUGGUGAAGAGGAAGAUGCCUUGAUUGACAUGGACAUAUGACUGACCGUGUUCUGCUAGCUACCUGAUGUGCGUAUAAUAUAGAACAUGUAUGCUCAUUCCUGGUAGGGAACUUUCAAUAUGACGCACUUUUACCGUUUCCUGUAAAAACCAUGGCACGGUUUAGCUUUGUCUGUAUAUGCGGAUUUGAGAUUUGGUGGCGGGAAACUUCCAAUCCCCUAGGCUUGAACUGCCACGGUAAUUCGGUACUCUGUUGUUUGCUAGACCUGCAAUGAAUAAUGUUGCGCCAACUGAAUUGUUCAAUUUGAUCAAUUGUGAAUUCA